CACAUCCUCGAAACGCUCACAUCGAAUACUAAAAUUAUUGUUUAAACUGACGCACAAGUUCCACACACAUACAAAAAUGUCCGAUUCGAAUCGCAAGCGUGGGCAUGGAUCCAACUCCUUGGAGCCAAAUGCCAAACGUUCCCGUGUUCAGCUGGAGGAAGCUCCUCGUCAGCUGAUGAGCCUGCCGCGCGAGCUGCUGGAGCGCAUCGUCUCCAAGGUUGCCCUGCCUCACAACCUUAUAAGGACUUCGGAGAGUCUGAGGGACGUGUACACCGACUACAUAAUGAACUGCCACCGGUGCUUCGUGCAUUCCCAUCGGCAGCAGCCCCAGGAGGGAUUUCGCGAGCCCGUCGUUAGGGCCGUGUUGAAGGUGCUGUCCGAGGCCACAGAGUACUUCAUCCGGUGCGGCUAUGGGCCACAUUUUGGAUAUAACUUGGCGGCCCUCCAUGCCCGGAUAUCUGCAUCCACUGAUAUGAGCACCAUGAACGUCCACUUGAAGAGAUUCCUUUGCAAGUUCCUGCUCAGUCUGGAGCGGCCCUUGGUCAGCCUCACGGAAGGCAGUGCACCAGCAGAUGCCCGGAAUCAAGUACAGCAUCGCCGCCUCCUUCUAACGAUGACUCUACUCAAUCUCCUGAGACAAUUUCGUUUCUUCAGGAUCCUCAGUUCUGACAUGAAACUCCUGCACUGGCAGCUAAAGGUCGAGGUAGAUGGCAUAUUUUUGGGCGUACUGGACCAGCUUGGGGGGAAACCCAGCCUUCUGGGCCUCAAUCAGCACAUCCAUAUCGUGGGACUCAUUACGGAGAUGCUUCUGCAUGACCAGCUGGGUAUAAAUUUUGUGUGCAACAAAACCAUCCACGGACGUACCCUUCAGUACGGCCUGAAUUUGAACUGCAGACGAAACGUUCGCUUGAUCUUGAUGUUCACUGUCCUAGCCCCGAAAAACUGCAUUCUUCUGCUGCAGAAGGCCAUUGCCGGAGAGCUCGAUCUGACGGAUCCCAUACACAUGCCACCCAACUCGGCGUUCAGUGUCCGCCUCGAGAUGUCUAGCAAGCUAAGACGCUCGGAUAGCAGAAGCAUUAUUGUCAUGCAGCUGGCAAAGCUGGACUAAUGAGCCGCUCAUUGUACGGUGGACAAACGAAAUUGUCAUGUUA